AUGGCGAGCGACGCAGAAGACCAUAAUCACAAAUUAGAUGUCGAUUCGAAGCGCUUCGAGGAGAUGAUGGGGGCGACCCUUGCUGCUGCCGAUGUGGGACACCACGGGGUGCACGAGGAUCACAUAGAAGUUGUGGAGGAUCAUCAUCUUCAGCAGCUCGAUCUCAACAAUCUUGAGCACCACGAUGACGAUCAAGAUCACCCCACCGACGUCGGUGUUGAGCUCCACCACCUGCUCCCGCUCAGCCUCUCAGAACACGGCCACGAGCACGUCCUUGAACACGACGACGUCAAGGACCAGCACCACCAGCACCCAGACCAGCAGCACGUCCAGCUCGUCUCCAUGGAUGAAGAAGGCGCCGGUGCCCUCUCGCCGGCCGCCGCGCUCGACGGCACCACCGCACAGCAGCUGGGCCUCAUGGCUCCGCCGCCAUCCGAAGGCGACCACCACGCCACCACGCAGCAGCUGCAGCAGCCGGCCGCCGAUGACAGUGGUGAGGUGCCCGCCAACACGCAGAAGAUCGUCAAGCGCGGCCGCGGUGGCCGACGCGCGGGCGCCGGGCGGAAGCGCAAGUCGGACACUGCCAAGGCCGAAGCUGAGGCCGCCGCCGCGGCUGCGGCGGACCCCACGCGAGUCGCGACGUCGACGACAACCACCAAGACUUCGCUUCCGCCGCCACCGAGAGCGAGCAUCGUGGGUGCUGGGUCGGGCCUGGUGGGACCGCCGCCGCCGAAGAAGAAGAAGCUGUCGACAUCGUCGCCCGCGCUGGCGGACGAUGCGAUGGACGGCGGCGGCAGCUACGGCAAGGCGCCGCGACAGCUGAGGUUCGGCAAGACGAUACUGUACGUGAGGGAGGUGGAGACGACGGUGGACUUCUACGAGCGCGCAUUCGGCCUGCGACGACGGUUCGUGCACGAGACCAAGCAGUACGCCGAGCUCGAGACCGGGUCCACGGCGCUGGCCUUUGCCUCGAACGAGCUGGCGCGCAACAACCUGGCCCACAUCGACUUCCGACCAAACGACAUCAACGCGCACCCGCCGGGCCUGGAGAUCGCGCUGUCGUCGAUCGAUGUGCAUCGGGACUACAAGCGCGCAGUGGAGGCCGGGGCGCGGUCGGUCUCCCUGCCCAAGACGCUCCCGUGGGGUCAGGUCGUGGCCUACGUGCGCGAUCUCAACGGCGUGCUCGUGGAGAUCGCCAGCGAGCUCAAGACGCCGCUCAAGAAGUAA